AUGGCCAACACAGUGGAACCGAGAGUUCACCCUUUCUUCGAGCCUAAGACUUGCUCUUGGCAGUAUCUAGUAGCUUGUCCUGAAACAAAGGAAGCUGCCAUCAUCGACCCAGUCCUGGAUUAUGAUACUGUGAACUUCGCUAUUACCUCUGAAUCUGCGGAUCAAAUCAUUGAUUAUGCUAUGAAAAAUGAAUACACUAUCAUGAUGUUGCUAGAGACACAUGCCCAUGCAGACCACCUCUCAGCAGCCUACUAUAUCCAACAAAUUCUCUGGUCCCGCGGGGAACCUCACGCACCGAUCUGCAUCGGUGAGAAUGUCAAGAUCGUCCAAAGUUUUUUCGCACGAAAAUAUGCAAUCGCGAAAGCAGAUAUCGACAACGCCUUCGACCACCUCUUCCAGCCCGAUGAAAUAUUCCAGAUUGGCCAAGUCACCAGCAGCGCCCUCCAUCUCCCGGGACAUACUCCAGACCACGGCGGCUACAAAUUCGGGAGCAAUAUUUUCACCGGAGACUGUAUGUUCAAUCCAGAUGUUGGCAGUGGCCGAUGUGACUUCCCAGGUGGCGAUCCUCGGGAACUUUACCGCUCGAUGAAACGCCUCCUUUCUUUCCCGCCGGAAACGAGAUUAUACACAGGCCAUGAUUAUCCUCCUACCAACGAAUAUACUGCACGGGAGCCAUUGCCGUAUGUUACGGUUGGCGAGCAGGAGAAGAAAAACAAGCACAUGAAGAAGCACACGACAGAGGAUGAGUUUGUGAAGUGGAGAACUCAGCGGGACAGCCAGAUGCCUGAGCCUAAGCUUGUACACCAGGCUAUGCAGGUCAACGUACGUGGAGGCAAAAUGCCAAGCAAGUCGCACAAUGGAAAGGCAUAUUUGCUAUAUCUCCUUGAUGUCCCAAAGGUUCUGGUGCCUGGAGUACAAAGGUAG